AAUUACACGGCUUGUCAGAAGGGCUCAGAGGGCUGGUUACAAGGCAAUAGUCCUCACUGCUGAAACUCCAAGGCUCGGGCGCAGGGACGCUGAUAUCAAGAACAGGUUUACUAUGCCACCAAGUUUGACAUUGAAAAACUUCAAAAAUUUGGAUCUUGGAAAGAUUGAUGAGACCAAUGAUUCUGGAUUAGCAUCAUUUGUUGCUGGACUAUUUGCCCACUCUCUCAGCUGGAAGGGAUCUGUCAUUCGCUUUUCAGUAUUAAAAGCACCUCGCUUGGAUGUACUGAAGAUUUCUAUGAGUCCACCACAAGAAAUAGCAGAUGGAGUUUCAAUAUGGGAAUGGUACAGUUUCAUGUGGUACUUUCAAAAGAGUCAGGCACUGAUUACUGAGAAUAUUUCUGACAGUGGUGCUUCAGAAACUAGACUUGUGAAACCGUCCUUUUGGUCUCAUAAACCUGUGGAACAUGAAUAUGCUGGGGGGAAGCAAAUCAUGUUCUCCGACCUUUUUCCAUACUUGAUAGCAUCCAACUAUACCCAAAGUUCCAUAUCCCCCAACAUAAGAAGAUCAAGUGCUGCUUGUCAUGGAAUUGUGAUGAGCUCCUACUCUUGUCAAAGUGAAGCUUGAAGAAGACAAGAAAGAAGCUUUGCCUUAUUUGUUUCUCACAGCCAUGUUUAAUGGAUCAUUAUGAAUAAUUGAUCCAUUCCAUUUUGUAGCCAAAUUGUUUUGUAGUAGGUGAAUUGGGGUUUUAUUUUGUCCAUUUUGUAAACUGUUAAGGAUGAUGAUUUCAGAUAAAAUACCUCAAUAUUCAAAUCA